UUUUUACACAAUUUUAUAAAAUUCCAUGCAAUAUUUAUCCCUCAUACCCAUAACAUUGAACCAACUAGUAUAUUUUAGUCAUCGAACAGUCAAUAUACUUAUUUUCUCCUCGCACUAAAAUGAAUUGGCAACGCAUUUUACGUAUAAGCAACUGUUUCCUACUACUCACUGGUUUUCAGCUAUACAGUUUUGAACCGAACACCCAGCGUUAUCAUCUAUCCCUAUGGGGUCUUAUUAAUUUCAUCGUCCUUGCACUUUUCUAUAUGAUCUGCGUGAAUCAGCACUUCAUACACUCACCGCUACUACAGAUUUUCCACGAUGUGUCACCAUUUCUCUGGGAGCUGAUCCGUGUACAAUUAAUGCUGGGUCUGAUGGUUUUCAUAUUCCGGCUGUUUGCAAUGGCUGAAGUUGGGCGUGCAUGCAAUAGUAUUGCAUGCUUUUCCUCGCGAGUAUUUGCGCGAAAAUUCAGCAUAGAGGAGGCAUUUGCUUAUUUUUUAGUAUUCUCAACAUUUCUGCUUACAUUUUGCUUUGCUUUGUAUAUUGCCUAUGAAAUGGAAUUCAAACUGCCGCCUUGGGAUAAUAUUUUCAUAAGCUAUGGACUAUUCAUUCCACACUUUGCUUUGGCAGGCGCUUUGAAAUUAUACACACUUAAUUGUUGGUUCCUGCGCGAAGAGUUACUGGAGCUGAAUACGGAAUUGCAGGAUGUACUGAGGACGGAACAAUUGGUAGCUGAAGAGAAAAUUGCGGACGACAAGAUUGAAAUGGAAGUUAGUGCUAGUGCACUAAAUACUUAUGUGAGAAUGCCAGUAAAUGAUAAGCAAAAACGAUUGGAUCAGUACUAUGGACGAUUAGAACAGUUGUCUGACGAAAUACAAAUUGUGAAUACAGCAUUGGAUAAGGAGUUGUUUCUAUUGUUAGUGAUGAACAGUUUUUGUCUACUGGCGGGAGUUUAUACGUUAGUGUAUUUCGAAGCUAGUUGGCAUAUAUUUUUCUCUCCAUCGUGGAGGCGUGUUUUCUAUGCCGCCAACAUUGCUAUUUACGUGCUAAUCUUCUGGGAUUAUUUGUGUUUGUGCACGAGCGUAAGCCUUUACAACAAAGUGAAAUCUCAAUUGCUUGUGGGUGUACAAAGGGCUUUAAAAUCAAAAAUCUUCAUAGAAAAACACACUCGUACUGCACUGAAACGUAUACAAAAUCUGUUAGCCUGCAAGCUUAGGCUGCUAUUAUUUCAAGCAGUGGAUAUAAACAUUGCGAACUUGUUGAUGGUACACAUUGUUCUGGGAAUAGUUAUAUCACUAAUUGUGAUGUAUAAAUAUUUGAACGAUCAAAUUUGUUCCAUAGUCACUCAAUUGGCCGAUAGCGAUGACUAACAAUUAGCGCUAUACAAAUUCUAAUAGCAGAACAAGUUUAAAAUAAUAAAAUACUCGGCUAAAUGCACAGCACUUCCGUUUCCGUUUGCGUAGAAAAUUAUAAUACUCGUAUAUUAAAGUCACUCAAUCAGCAAGAAGCAGUGGUAUUAUAUCGGAAAACUAUAUUUCAAUCAAAGAUUUUUAUAAAAACAGUAAAACCAACUUUUCGUGAAAUUUUACUACUUUGGAAAAUAAACGAUCUUCAAAACUCACAGCUAUGAAUUUUUAGAACGAAAUGGCUGAAAUUGUACUGUUUAUGAAACACAGCUCCAAGGUGGUGCUUUCGACUCUCUCAACAUCUAGACACUCAAUUGUUCAUUUUAUAACAACUGCCAAAUUUGAUUGGAUGCGAAGGCAAUAUCUUAUGUGUUGGCAUUGCCAUGUUAUGUUAUUGUCGUUUUGAAAAUGUCGUCCAGUAAGCCAAUACGUGCCAGUCCUGCGCAAGCACUUUUGAUUGUUUGAAAACAUUGUUUGAUUUGUACUAUGAAGAGGAAAGAAGGAGGCCGGUAUUCUGGGUGAAUCCUUUUUUGCAAAGAAGGGUAAUUGGUCUGUAAAACCAAAAUGAUCAAAGAUGGUGCCAAUGUGAGCGUCACAAGAAAUAUCAAUUGGCUGGCAAACAUACAAAAUUACAGCCCAUUGCUUCACAGAUGAUGACUUAAAAUAUCGGUCAGUCCAUAAGUUCAUGCGUAUUUUACCCAUGAUUUCACUUUUGUACGAUUUUUCCAUACAAAAAAUUAAUCGCGGAAUAUAACGGAACUAUUUAUAUUUUCUUUGAUAUAUUGUGCAUUCAACAAAUGAUUUGAAUCGCGGAUAGAAGCACGUGUUGUUAAAAAAUAAAAUGGAAUCUUCGAACGCGUGUAAGAGGCAUAUUUUGUAUUUUUUUGUAUAAAAGUGGUAAAAAUGCAACAACUGCUGCUGCAGAAAUAAACACUGUUCACGGAGAAGAUAGCGUGAGUGUAAGGACUGCGCAAAAUUGGUUUUCAAAAUUCCGAAGUGGUAACUGCGACGUGGAGGAUGCCCCGCGCGCUGUUCGUCCUAAAGUCUUUAACUCCGACGCCUUGCUCGAACUCGUGGAAGCUGAGCCAAAUUUGACAGUCGAUAUGAUAACUCAGAGGUUAAAUUCAUCGCAUGGAACAGUUCACAGGCACCUGGUUCAGUUGGAAAAGGUUUCAAAGCUGGGAAAAUGGGUUCCGCAUAGACUUUCCGUCGCCAACCUCCACAGCUGCUGCAACGGCUUGGAAAUGAAAGUUUUUUGAACCGUAUUGUUACUGGUGAUGAAAAAUGGGUUCUUUACAAUAAUCCUGUUCGGAAACGCAAAUGGUUAGAUAAAGAUGAAACACCAGAACCGACCCCGAAAGAUGGCCUUCACCCCAAAAAGAUUCUCCUGUCUAUUUGGUGGGAUAUGGCCGGUAUUGUUUAUUAUGAACUUCUGGAACCAAACCAGACGAUAACGGCUGAUUAUUAUUCCCAUCAGCUAUCAAAACUGAAUGAGGCACUUAACAAAAAUCAACCGUCUUUAGUGAAUAGACGCAAAAUUUUGUUUCACCACGACAACGCAAGACCUCAUACCGCAAGGCAAGCAUUAGGCAAGCUGAACGAGCUCGGAUGGGAGCUAACGCCGCAUCCACCAUACUCUCCGGAUAUUGCACCUUGUGAUUAUCACCUUUUCCGUGGACUUCAAUCCCAUAUGAGUGAGUAACAAGAACUACUCCCCAAAAGAAGCUAUAAAAAGGGAUAUCGAAGCGUAUUUUGGCUCCAAGGACAAACAAUUUUUUGAGCAGGGAAUUAAAAAUUUGCCUAAACGUUGGGAAGACAUUGUCAAUAAUUAAGGAAAAUAUAUUAUUGAUUUUUUAUUAAUUUUAAAACUACCUUUAAAAAACGCAUGACCUUAUGGACCGACCU